UGCUUGAGCAAAUGUGAGAGCGCCUCCUUAAAUUUUGCAUCUUGGGCUCCACGCCAGCCUUAUUGCCGCCCACUCAGCACUGACUAGCUCUCUCCAACUCUCGUCCCACUCUGGGUGAUAGGCCAGUCAUCUGCUAUGCCACUGUGGUCUCUACUCAGCACCCAGGCCUGGGGUCCUGGCUCUGUCGUCCUCAUUCUGGUCUUCCUGCUCAGACUGAGUGUGCGGCUCUGGCAUCAGACUCAGCUCUGGGACCUGCAGCACUGCCCCACAGAUCUCACCGGGAAGACGGCCGUGGUGACUGGGGCCAACAGCGGUAUCGGAAAGGUUGUGUCCCAGGAGCUGGCCCGCCGUGGGGCUCGGGUGGUCCUUGCUUGCCGUAGCCGAGAGCGUGGACAGCAAGCCCUGGCUGAGAUCCAAGCAGCCACGAAGGAUGCCAGCCUUCUGCUUGGGGAGGUGGACCUGAGCUCCAUGGCCUCCAUCCGGAGCUUUGCCCGGUGGCUCCUGCAAGAGUGUCCCGAGAUACAUCUGCUGGUUAACAACGCUGCAGUCUGUGGAAUCCCCAGGACACUAACCCCAGAGGGCCUUGAUCUCACCUUUGCCACCAAUUAUAUCGGGCCCUUUCUGCUCACAAAUCUACUGCAAGGAGCGCUACAACGGGCAGGGUCAGCCCGGGUGAUAAAUGUGUCUUCCUCUUGGCAAACACAAGGGUACUUUGAUGAGGAACAUCUGACAGGGGCUGGUGGACCUUUGACCUUCAACCAGAACUAUUACUGCAGCAAACUGCUUUUGACCUCGAUCACUGGGGAAUUUGCCCGGAGGCUUCAAGGGACAGGUGUGACUGUGAACUCUGUGGAGCCAGGUCUGGUGUACACGGAGAUCAUGAGGCUGUUACCUUUGCAUUACCGCUUCUCCUUCUGGAUCUCCAGCUUCUUUAUUAAGGGUCCUACACAAGGUGCAAACCCAGUUCUCUACCUGAGCUUGGCAAAGGAGCUGGAUGGUAUUUCUGGAAAAUAUUUUAGCAGGUCCUGUGUGAUCAUUCCUCCCGCAAAAGCUGCUCAGGAUCCUCAGGUGGCCCAAAGCCUCUGGAGUGCCUCAGUCAAGCUAACAAACCUGGACAAGGCGGACUGAUCCUCUGAGACCCACAUCUAGAGUUCUUCAACAUUAUUUCCUUUGAAUCUGUAUGCUUUUGUACUUUAAUUAUAUUGUUAUGUUGUUAAACUCACAAAUCAGGUAUAUUGCUAUUAUUUAUAGAGUGGAGAUUUGUGUAGCUUUACCUAUAUGUUUAGUAUUUUCUUUGCUCAUUCUUCUUUCUUGUGUCUCAGAUCUGCCAUCUGGGGUUAUUUUCCUUCUAUCCAAAGUACAUUCUUUAGAAGUUCCUUUAAUGAGGAUUUGUGGUAGACAGAAUUCUAAGAUGCCCCCAAGAUUCAUGCCCUCUGUGUAUACAUUCUCUGUAAUCUUCUCCCCUUAAGUGUGAGCAGAACUAGUGAAUAUGAUGAAAUUUCAUGUCUGAUUAUGUUAUAUACCUGAAAAGUGGGAUUUUGCUGAAGUAAUUAAAGUUUGUAAUCAGUUGGCUUUGUGUUAAAGGGGAGAUUAUUUUGGGUGGGCCUGACCUAAUCAGGUGAGCCUUUUAAAAGUGUCAGACCUUCUCAGAAGUCAGAGAUCCUCUUGUUUACAAUGAAAGAAGCAAACUGUCACAUUUUGGAGGUGGCCACAUAGCCUCUAGGAGUUAAGACUUCAGUUCUGCAGUUCCCAGGAACUAAAUUCUGCCAAUAAUCACUGAGCUUUGAAGUGGACCUAAAACCCAGAUGAGAUUGCAGCCUUUGAUGACACCUUGAUUUCAGCUUGGUGAGACUCUAAGGUCCCAGAGGAGCCAGCUAACCUGUGCCCAGACUUCUGACCCAGAAACUGAGGGACAAUACAUGUGUGUGUAUCUAUACUAAUAAAAGGGUAAUAUGCUAAUUAACCAGACAUCUUCCAGACGUCCUUAUGGACAAAGCCAUAGUGGCAGGGGCUGAGGCAGAGGUGGUUAGGGUGUGAUCAGGCUGG